CAAAAUUAGAAAAAAAGUGUUUAAAUAAGUAAUUAUUUUGGGGAAAACCAUUUUUUACAUAAAUAUAUUUACAUUCCACCCCGCGAAAAUAAAAACAACAUGAAAAUUUGAAAACCAUGAUUAAAUAAUACACAUGUGAGUACACGGAAAUUGAAAUAAAGAGGUACCGUUAGGAGACAAGAAUCGAUCAGUCAUGAAUUCAAGUAUGGACUGUCAUUUAGCCAGUCUGUCUUAUCCUAACAAUAUGGACACUAGUUAUCCUGAUGAGACAGACAGUAUGAUAAAUCAUGCAAGAAGUUCCCCAUUGAAUACUACAAUCAGUAAUACAAGUGUAGAAACACUAUCGACUUCAACAAGGACAACGCCACCACUGGUGAAAUGUAGCAACGACGACGACGAUAUUGAUGACAAUGACGAUUUGGAAGGAGAGGAGGCAGUGGAAAAUGACAGCCUAAAUGAUACGAAUUCACACACAACAAUCGAUGACGACGAGUUGAUGAAUAGUUAUACAGCUUCAAUAGGUAACCAUGACAAUGAGGCAGCGGAAUAUAUAACUGACGAUGUUGGAUUAAAUGAUCAAUUAUUCCCCGUGAAAAAAUCAGAGAAACAGGUUACAUUUCAAGAUGUUGUUGAAAUUUCAACAAUUUAUUCAAUUGUCAAUGAAUCUGUGGAAUCUGUCUCGUAUACUUCGGAGGUGGAUGAUGCUAUCGACGAGGAAUUUCUCUGUGACAAUGAAUGUAACGGUCGAAAGGAUUAUAAAGGGAUUAAGUAUACAGAAGAUCAGUUAAACGAACUAGAAAGGCAUUCUAAUGCUGACCAGUGUUCUUCGGAAAAAGAUUUAUUGACUCUGUAUACUGAUUGGGCAAAUUAUUAUUUAAAAAAGGCAAAUUAUUCAAAAUUAAUUGAAAAUAUACAAAAUGAUUUAUCCAAUGGACUAUUGUUGGCUAAUAUUAUACAUGCAGUAGCAAAUAUAAAAGUUGAAACAUUAUGUCAAAAUCCAAGGACAAUUGAACAAUCAUUUCAUAAUGUAUCUGUGUGUUUUCAAGCCCUACAACAACUCGGUAUUGAAACUGAUGAAUUCACUGUACAAGACAUUGUUGAUGGUAAAUUAAAACACAUCCUCAGUUUAUUUUUCAAUCUGUCAAAAUUUAAACAACACUUAAAACAAUUAAAAGUAUCAACAGAACUAUCUUCACUCCCCCACCGCCAACAUCACCAACACCAACAGCAUCAACCACAAACACCACAAUCAAUAUCAUCCAAGUUGCCGACUUCUCCUUCUUCAUCCUCUUCUUCUCCGUCAAUGAUCAAAGCGAAAACUGACAUUACUCAUGGAAACAAGACAAUAUUGUCGAAUCAUUCAACAAUUAAAGAAAAACAAACCUUACCAAAUCAAUAUCAGAAACAAUCGAACAGACCGCCAAAACCACCGCCACGUUUUAUGCCUUCUAGUCCAUUAAAACAAAUUAAUAAUUAUUUAAUCAAUGAUGCUGAACAAAAAUCAUCAACUACUCAUGACAAUAUAAGUAGUAUUAGUGGAGGAAGUAAUAGUAAUAGUAGUACUAGUAAUACUCACAGUCAUAAUAGAACUAAAAGUCUUCCAUUAUAUCAUCAAGAAGUUUCAUGUGAUGAAUUAUCUUCAAGACAAAUAAAAAGUCCAAAUAUUCAUAUCACUACUACAGUUAUUACUACUGCUAAUGCUACAUUUAGUCAAAAUUCAAUUCCUUCAACAUUGAACAGUGCCAAUUAUCAAAGUGGAAUUAAUGCAUCAUUAACUUUUACUAAAUCAAAUGUUGCAUCGUUAAGAUUCCCUUCAUCACCGUCCUUCAACUGUUCACCUUUACCGACGUCUUCAUUGAAUUCGACUGGUAAUAAUAAUAAUAAUAUUAAACCCCUUCCAUCAACACAUCAACAACAACAAAUCAAUAUUCGUCAAUCGAUUCCACGAGCCAAUAAUCCAGUUAGCUUUAAAGGGAAUCAAAAAUCAAUACAAAAGCAGAAACAACAAUAUCCCUUGAUUGAUAAUCAAACUGGAGUUGAUAAAAGCAAAACUAUCAGGAAUAAUAGUAAUAGUAGUAAUAGCCCAUCUAUAACAAGGAGUCAUCAAUCCUUACAAAAAGCCUCUCUGACAUCAUCAUCAUCAUCAGGAGGUGUAUUGACGAUACCAGGUUCACCUACGCCACUAAAUAAACAAUCGAUUCAUUCUGGUCAUGAUAUACCCUAUACAAAAACAACAGACAGUAUUGACGACCAACAACAAGAUCAGAUUUCAUUAUCUGAGCAUAGAAGUGCUCCAGUUGGAAUUAGUUAUAAUACACAAAAGUCAAGUAAUUUAUGUCAAUUGAAAGGGGGGAGUUUUGAAAAAUCGAUUGGAAUAAAAGCAGCUUCUGUAGAAUCUCGGAUGCCCACUUCGUCUUGCUUGAAACACAUCAUCUGCGUGUGCUUGAAUUCUCCAGUGAGUGGUGGUGUCCCCACUGAGCCUUGAGCCCAGUACCUAUCGUUUUAAACGCUCAAUGUUUAUUCACAAGACCACUAAGAAGACUACGAGAGAUACCUUUUGUCCAAUGGGUAUCAGUUAUUCAGUUGAAUAUGAUCUCAAUAUCAAACCAUCAACGAAAACAAAAACUAUUCAUCCUCCAA